UAAUUCCCACAGGCGACGUCAUAGGCUUUUGAAAUAAGAGUCCGACGUCAGCAAAAUAUGCUCGCGACACUUUCGCCUGCCUUCACUUGCAUUACACAUGGACCUUAGCGAGUAUUACGAUACGUACAACGGGAAUGACAAGUACCGUCGCUUCUUUGCCGCAAAUAGCCUUAAGGAUUGGGGAUUCUAUCACUUCAAAAAUCAUUUUAAAAAAACAAUGCGCAAUCCUCCUUCGUCCAACAUGCUAGAAUCUUCCUACCGGAGGUGUCUCGACGCUAUCCAGAAGGAUUCCUCGACACCAGAUAGCGUCAAGCAAGAACUAAAGAAGUUGUUAAAGGAGAACGACAAUGGCACUUCGUCACCAGCAGUCUCGUCGAACACAUAUCACUUACACCAAGGAGAUAAUUCGUUCGCAUUCGUCAACUCUACUAAUUACGGGGCUAAUAUGGUUGGGAAGGAAGGUCCCGGUGACACCACCACCACCACCACCACCAUCACAGAACCACGCUCCGAAGGGUCUGUCCUUGGCAAACGAGCAAGUUCUGAAAACCAAUCCGACCAGGAUACGCAUCCGUUACCCGCACAACGUGCCCGAACAGUGGAGAUGAUGUACAACGCGCUGGCUUCGAACGAGCCACAAAAGACUCCAGAGCCGAUUACGCCCAAAGAUUUUAGAAAAGCCGUGUACGAAGCUGGCGUCAAAGUGGUAAGCGCGCAGUUGGCUCAUCGAUAGUUGUGGAUUAACAUACCUUUUCUAGCUGAAUAAGCAGCUGUCUCUCCAGGAUGCCAGCGACCUGCGCAAGCUCCUGAACAAUUUCACCGCAUCUGAUUCGCUUGGAGAGCAGCUGGACGUCAUGUC